UGUUGUCCAAUCGCAUAUUAUAUAUCUGCUCGACUGCGCGCUUUGUUUAGGGUUUUUACAUUACAUCUAUCUAUCUUUUCAUUCGAACGUCGUUCAUUCAUAACUGUGGAAUCCACUAAGCAUCUCAAUACCUCCGUUUCUGGCCGUAGCAAUACUUUAAAGCUCAGGGAGGAGGAGGCGGCGGCUGGUGGUGUUUGUUGUGGUGGGUGUUUUGCUGAUCAGUUGUGGUAGAGGUUAGGAAAGAAGAAAUUUGAAAAUGAGUUCAGACAGCCGGAGUCGAAGCAGAAGCAGGAGCAGGAGCCCAUUGGAUCGUAAGAUCCGCUCCGAUCGAUUUUCCUAUCGUGAUGCACCUUACAGGAGAGAUUCACGUCGGGGUUUCAGCCGAGACAAUUUGUGCAAGAACUGCAAGAGGCCUGGUCAUUAUGCUAGAGAAUGCCCUAAUGUCGCAAUAUGCCACAACUGUGGCCUCCCUGGGCACAUUGCUUCUGAAUGCUCCACGAAGUCUCUGUGCUGGAAUUGCAAAGAACCUGGUCACAUGGCCAGCAAUUGUCCAAAUGAGGGCAUUUGCCACACCUGUGGUAAAGCUGGGCACCGUGCUAGGGAAUGCACAGCUCCUCCAAUGCCUCCAGGGGACUUAAGGUUGUGCAACAACUGUUAUAAGCAGGGUCACAUUGCAGCUGAAUGUACGAAUGAGAAGGCAUGCAACAAUUGUAGGAAGACAGGCCACUUGGCACGUGAUUGUCCAAAUGAUCCGAUUUGUAACUUGUGCAAUGUUUCUGGGCAUGUGGCUAGACAGUGUCCAAAAGCCAACAUUCUUGGAGAUCAUGGCGGUGGUGGCGGCGGAAGUGGCAGCGGCGGCGUUCGUGGUGGUGGGGGUUUCCGAGACAUUGUAUGCAGGAACUGUCAGCAAUUGGGUCACAUGAGUAGGGAUUGCAUGGGACCCUUGAUGAUUUGUCACAAUUGUGGAGGUCGUGGUCACCUGGCAUAUGAGUGCCCUUCUGGCCGGUUUGUGGAUCGCUACCCUAGGAGGUACUGAUGCAUGGCAAAUUUAUGGUUUAUGGUUAUAUUGUUUUUGUCUGAUUUUCUAGCCGAGGACAGAUUUUUUAGUCUUGGUAGAGUAUGUGUUGGCUUUACUAUUUUUUACUUGGUAGAGAGACAUGGCAAUGAUGCCAUUCUGUCGGCCAUUUAGCAUUUACGAUUGUGCUUGUGCUAGGAAUAAGAUUUGCUACUUGCAAAGGAUGUGGGAUUGUAUGCUGUGUUACUUGAUGAGGCUGUUUUAUUUUAUUUUUUGAUCCAGUACAA